AUGGCCGGUGUGGCACAUGGCUUCGUCGAGUUUGCACUGUCGCAGGAGGUGCUCCGCUUCGGCCAGUUCACGCUGAAGUCGGGCCGGACAUCACCGUAUUUCUUUAACGCCGGCCUCUUCACGACUGGGGAGGCCUUGGCAAGGUUGGGGGAUUUCUAUGCCGAUGCGAUCGUUGCAUCUGGCGUAGAGUUUGACUGCAUCUUCGGCCCCGCCUACAAAGGCAUCACCUUAGCAGCUGCGAUAGCCAUCGCGCUAUACAAGAAUCACGGGCGGAGCGUGCCUUACGCUUACAACCGCAAGGAGGCCAAGGAUCAUGGUGAGGGCGGGCUGAUCGUCGGAAAGCUGACUGGCCGAGUGCUCAUUGUGGACGACGUCAUCACAGCGGGGACUGCCAUACGCGAGUCCAUGGACCUCCUGGCUGCGCAGCGAGAGCUGCAGGUCGUCGGGGUCGCAGUGGCGAUGGACCGUCAAGAGAAGGUCAAAGAGGACGAGAACGUGUCAGCCAUCCAACAGGUGGAGCGAGACUUUGGCAUUCCGGUCAUGAGCAUUGCGAAGAUGGAGGACUUGAUCACCUUCAUCGAUAAGAAGUAUGACAAGGAUGAUCGAGAGGCGCUGCUGCAGAGCAUCAAGGAGUACCGCGACCGCUUCGGCGUGAGUGUGUAG